GCACAUCCCGUCCGUCACGCUUUGUGACAAGUCAUCAACACCCUCUCUGACAAUCAAUGGUCUGAGAAUAUGUACUUUUACUUAUAACCCCGUGAACUCAUGUCAGCUAUGUAGGACUCUGUUAAGAGAGCCCCAACAUUGGGUCUGACUUCGCUAUUGUGAAAAUUGCUUUGAAAGAGUACGGUUUGAUGCGAACAAGUACAGAAAAAAUGCCAAGCCCAAAGCCCAAACCCUCGCCGAAUGGGGGCAGUGGUUCUGAUGUUAAGUAUUUCAAAUUAUGGCGACGGUUCUACGAGCCUCUCGUUAUGCUGAAGAUUCUAGGUUCUACAAGGGGCGAACACAGUCCCAAGACGCAACAGCAGAGCCCAGUCCAUCGGUUCCUCGAUAACCUGGCCUACCUAGUGGACCAUGAUAAAGGGGGCCCGACGACGUCGGCUAUUGGGCUCGAAGACGCGCCCCAGCGAUUCAACUUCUGGAUCGCGUCCAACGAACCCAAGCAGAGCCUUAAGAGCGCCGCCUUUUUGACGUCUUUCCUACGAGAUGUACGAGCUGUUGCUGAUGAGCCAAUUGGAAAAAGGGCAUCGCUUCAGGAAAAGGUCACACAUCGCUGCAUUGACUUCGCGAAACAGAGGGUGAAAAAGGAGGCCAAGAUGCUUGCGAAAGAUGUCUCGAAAUGCACGCGAUACCUUACCAGCCCGGAAUGCAUUGAACUUUCCCAGUGGCUCAAGCGUUUCCAAGAGACGGAACCCCCGGAGUCAUGCUAUCUUGCGUACCGAGAGAGGGAUAGUCUUAUGAUGAGACAACUCAGUCGUUUACUGCAGGCAUCCAGCGACAUAUCCGCAACCGACUCGCAAACUGUCGCGAUGAAAGACGUCGUACAUCGCCUGGGACGCCUAGCUCACCAUGUUCGCGCACCGCACCAGAUAAUCGAAGACGUAUCGAACCACACCGGAUUGCGCAACGUCUUAGACGAGUUCCAAGUCCACUCGAUCGCAGCCCAAGCAGUGAUCGACCGUCCCCAGGCCGAGUCAAGCAUAGACAUAGACAGCAUAAUGCGACGCAUGCUUCCCAGCAACGGCUUCGACGCGCGCCACAAAGAAGCCGCACACACCAUGAACCGGCUCCACCACAUCGUGACGCGCUUCAAGGAAGCAUACAACAACAAGAACUUCAGCCCCUCGAUCCACGCCGAGAUCCAGAUCCUGGAGCACUUCUGGGGCAAGCGGCAGUUCUUCGAGGACGACAGGUACAUAGGCUGCAGCAAGCCCGCGUGCUACUGCUGCCACCUGUACAUGCAGCAUCAUCCGGCGCGCUGCGCCGUGCCGCAGACGAGCUGCAACGUGUACUUGAACUGGGGCCUGAGAAAACUGCCCAAGGGCUCGCAUGACGCCGAGUAUACCCGUCAGCGGGACAUUCUCAACGAGAUGACGAAGUCCAUUCGGAAAGACGCGCUCGACCAGAUACUCCGGAAGACGACCGCGUCGCCGUGGCAUCCUGAUUCGCAGACGGGGUUUACGUUGCGCGCGCCGUCUGAGGCGGGUGGACAGGCGGAGGCGAUGAGGAUGGUGGAUCUCGAUUUGGCGACGGACUCGGAUGAUAGCCAGCCGGAAAGUAUCGGCUGCUAUGCUUCUGGCUCGAGGCAUUCGUCCGUGGCUAGUAUGAGCGACGAUAGCAAGCGGAGUGGGAGGCGUAAGCUCUCGUGGCCGGUCAUUGAAGACUCGGAUAGCGACUCGGAUUCAUCUAGUGGUGGUGCGGUUUUGUAGGUUAGGGGAGGAGGAAUGUUUCUCGGACAUCUAUGCGGAAUUUUCAUUUCUCAUAGAUAUGUGUGUACAAGGCUCUGCCUACAUCGUCCCUGGCGGACGCGAUGUUGACGAGUUGUCCGAUUGUAUGUGAUGUGAUCAUCAUAGAGUAUUGGUCACUGCUAUAGUCUAUAUGGCGUCGAUACUGCUGGCUGCAGUUCCUAGCUGGGGCUGAUUUAUAUAGCCCUUUCUUGACAUUGAACAGCAAUUGAUGUCACCUCAAGAAUAGUUCUCUUUUGCUUCUUCUUGGGGAGAUUUGUCUCAAUACUUAGGACUUGGAAGUUUAUACCUAUGGUUUAGUGGUUGCUUAGAUGGCCAAUCUUUGCUACCCACCU